AUGAAGUCCGAAGUUAUUGUCCGACUUGCUGAGCAACAAGAUGCUCUUUGGAAACGAUUUGCAGCGCAUACAACUGAAAUGGUUGUCACCAAAACUGGAAGGUUAGUUUUUUUUUCCUAAAUUUAUUGACAACAAGUUCUAUCUCUAUUCAAAUCCCAUUUUUUAAUUUCAGAAAAAUGUUUCCAAAACUCGAAUAUCACAUCGAAGGAUUAGAAACUGAUAAAAUGUAUGCACUAGUUUUGGAGAUUCGCCAAGUUGAUGAUUAUCGCUAUAAAUUUUCAAAUGGUGGUUGGGUGACUGCUGGAAGAUGUGAAGGAAAAAUUGAGGAAAAAAAGAUUUGGCAUGCGGAUGGUGUGAUGACUGGAAAACAAUGGAUGUCGACAGCAGUGAAUUUUGAUCGGCUGAAAAUUACGAAUAAUUCGAAAGAUACUUGUGCAUCACAUGUAAGUUCGGGGAAAAUUUUUGAUUUAAAAUUGUUUUUGAUCGCUACUCUUUUUGAAUUCGAACAGUUCUUAAAUUAUCCAGUUCCAAUUUUCCCAAUGCAGAUUUCAAAAAUAUUAAAGUUUCUCUACAUACCAAAACCUUUAAAGACACAAGAAACACUGGAAAAAACAGAUUUCCCGCAUUUAUUUUCAAACGACAAAACCAGCAUGUGCGCUCUAGCGACACACUGUGUGCAAACACUUUCGAAAUUUCCGUCGGCUGAGCGACUUCAAAAACAAUUAUUUUAUUUUUUCACUUUUGCUAGACUCAAAAUUUUUUCUUGGUUUUCAUGAAUUUCGAUUACUUGAAAGGUGCUGAGAAUGAAUAACAAACUCAUUUUCUGCUCAUUUCUAGGUGCUCUUGUGUCUUUAAAUAAUUUUUCCUCUAUUUUUCCUCAAUCAAUCCGAAAAUCGAGCUACAGUACCUCGCUCCACUGCGGGUGUCAUAAAAGAUAUUUUCCUCUCAUUCCUCCCGUAAUCUCAUCCAUUCUAUUGUCUGAUAUCUAUAAGAUAUGAUCUACGCCGGCGCGUGUGACAAGUUCAUCAUCGUCACAGUUUGACGCAAUGACUAAGAGCGGAAAAGGAAAGGCCAUGCCUAUUUGUUAUUUUCAUUAUCGCAAUCCUGAUCUUAUCAUUUGUUAUUUAUAGGUAUUUCUUCACUCAAUGCACAAAUAUAUUCCGGUUUUAUCGAUUUUUGAAUCGCCAUCGAAUAGUCCAUUUUUGAUGCCACAACAAACCUCCAAACCGAUUGCUGUUGUCAAAAUUGAUUAUACCGAUUUUAUUGCAGUUACAGCUUAUCAGGUAAGAUUUUUUUCGGAAUAUCGCCACGGUAGGACUCGUUAUCCGAGAAUGCUAAAAAUUAAAAUUGAAUCUUCAAAUGAUCUAUAUAAAAAAAUAACCCUAUUUUUUUCCAGAAUCAAACCGUAACCUCUCUAAAAAUUGCUCACAAUCCAUUUGCCAAAGGUUUCCGCGAAGGAACAUCCACUCCAACUCAAGAAUCACGAAAACGAAAUUCGUCCUCAACACCAGAAGAUUCGCAAGUCUCUUCUCCUCAACCAAAACGUAUCAAAUCCGAACACCCACUUCCACCAACAAUCCCACAAAUUCUACCAUUUGCUCCAAAUCCAUUUAUGCUUCCUUAUUCUCCAUUUUUAUUCCAAGCAAUGGUGGCAGCUUCUGGUGGACCACAAAUCCCAUUUUUCCAUUUUGGUCCAACUUUUAGCCCAACACUUUCACUUGCCUCAUCAAAUUCAGCUGAUUCAGAAAAAGAUGUGGAUUUGACACCUUGA